UUCUAGUUGUACAUUCAAUGCCUUAUUUUUCAGGAGAAGACAAAAAGCUUUACAGGAAAAAACUAAUUCAACAAAACAUAGCAUAGACAUUGAGAGCAAAACUCCUCCACCGAUGCUCCCAUGGCAACCUGGUUUCUCUACCUUCCCCUAUUCUUAGCUUUGUAUGUUUUCACAAAACAUUUCCUAAACAAAAUCCGAAACUUCCCACCAAGCCCUCUUCCUUGUCUACCCAUCAUCGGCCACCUCUACCUGCUUAAGAAUCCCUUGCAUCGAACUCUGACUCAAAUUUCAAACAGAAAUGGACCCAUAGUCCUCCUCCAAUUCGGAACUCGUCCAGUUCUUGUGGUCUCAUCCCCGUCUGCUGCCGAAGAAUGCUUCACCAGAAACGACAUCAUUUUCGCCAACCGCCCUGGCUUACUUAUUGGAAAGCACUUAGGUUACAAUCAUACCAGCCUAGCUUGGGCCCCCUAUGGUGAAAAUUGGCGAAAUCUUAGACGAAUCGCUUCCAUUGAGAUUUUAUCAGCUACCCGCCUCCAGAUGCUAUCUAGCAUACGCAACGAUGAGGUGAAGUCUUUGAUUCGCAAGCUCUUGGAUCAUCAAAACCAGCCUGUUGAGUUGAGGACAGCUUUCUUUGAGUUGACUCUCAAUAUGAUGAUGGGGAUGAUAGCAGGAAAGCGAUACUACGGGGAGAACUUGGAGGAUGUGGAGGAAGCAAGACGGUUCCGAGAGGUACAUGUUGAGACUUUCAAGCUAAGUGCCAAAAUAAAUAUUGGAGAUUUUUUGCCUUGGAUUAAGUCUAGAGAAUUGGAGAGGAAGUUGAUAGAGUGUCAAAGCAAAAGAGACAAGUUCAUGCAGGAUUUGAUAGAACAGCAUAAAAGAAGAAUGAGGAAUAACUGUGAUCGAAUGAGGAAAAAGACAUUGAUUGAGGUUUUGGUAUCGCUGCAAGAAUCAGAACCCGAGUAUUACACGGAUCAGAUGAUUAGAGCCCUCGUACUUGUUCUGUUGUUGGCAGGAACAGAUACUACUGUCAAUACAAUGGAGUGGGCAUUUUCUCUUUUGCUUAACCACCGUGAAGUACUUGAAAAGGCUCAAGCGGAAAUCGCAAAUAGAGUGGGACAUUGCCGUCUAAUUGAUGAGUCCGACCUAGCCCAACUUCCUUACCUCCACUGCAUCAUCAAUGAAACAUUGCGCAUGUACUCACCGGCGCCACUGCUGCUACCCCAUGAAUCAUCCGAGGAGUGCGUGCUAGGUGGUUUUCGUAUUCCACUUGGCACAACACUAUUGGUGAAUGUGUGGGCCAUACAAAAUGACCCUAAGCUUUGGACGAACCCAACAAGAUUCAUGCCAGAGAGGUUUGAAGAUCUAGAGGGCACGAGAGAUGGGUUCAGGUUGAUGCCAUUUGGGUCAGGGAGACGGGGCUGUCCUGGAGAAAGCCUGGGACUGAGAAUGGUUGGAUUAACGCUAGGGUCAUUGAUCCAGUGCUUUGAGUGGUCUAGGAUUAGUGACGACCUGGUGGACAUGACGGAAGCAACAGGGUUUACCAUGCGCAAAGCUCAGCUCCUACAUGCUAAAUGCAAGCCAUGCCCUGCCAUGCUAAAACUAGUUUCUCGAAUUUGAACCGAGUUGGGCCACUUGGCCCCUAGUUUUUUGCGUCUUCCCGUAUUCCCACGAGACUCGUGCUCUAUUAUAGCACUCUACUCGUUCGUUCGGCUGUGUCGGAUAUUGGCUUGAACAUAAAAUAGCCCCAAAUGUCAACCAUCCUGACCCAUUUUAAACAUUGGAUUUCAUCCUUGUUAAAUCAACAAUUGAGAGCAAAUUAGC